GGGGAAGGUUGAGGGCAAUAUGUUCUCAAUCCCUUUAACACAGUUGGACAACGGAGGUGCCCCCAUUAUCCACUACACUGUCCGCUACAGAGUGAAUAAGGUGGACGAGGACUGGAGGGAGAAGGACCUGCCGUCCAACUCGACAGUGAUCAACCUCCAUGACCUGCAGUAUAAAUCAGACUACCACAUGGAGGUGCGAGCCGUCAACCCCUACGGCUCCUCCAGCCCAGCCAAGCUGAACUUCAAUGUCCCACAGCCUGUAGCCAAGAUGAAUAAGGGUGGGAUGGGGAAAGGGGCUGUGGCAGGCAUUGUCAUAGCCAUCUUCUUGGCGCUACUGAUCGCUGUGGACGCCACCUGUUGCUACACCAACCGCUGCGGCAUGCUGAUGUUCCUGGCUGUCAAGCUGUUUGGGCAGAAGGUCCCUGGGAUGAAGACUGUGGAGGAGGGUGACGGCACCUCUAAUGGAGACUUGAAGUUGAAUGGGCUAGGAAUACCGAGGGAUACCAUCCCAAAGCUGCAGACACAAAAUGGGGAAAAGAAUGGGUUGCAGGCGGAGGUCACGUGCGACAAAGCACCCCUCACCAAAUUCGAGAAGACGUCCCCCAAUGGAGAUCCUGCCACAGAGGCCUGAGUUACUGAACAGGAAGUGACAUCCUAGUAUCUGAAGAAUGGAACCUGUAAAUGUCAGUAGAAAGGAGGAAGUAUUGUGAGUUGAGGGGUCUUAGUUAAAUGUUUUUGGAGAGUUCCCAGGACAGUCCAUGUUGAGAAAGGAUAAGGAUUAGGAAAGUUAUCUGUGAACUGUAAUGUCUAACAUUAACAGAUUGUUGUAAUUUCAUCCAGCCCUGUGUAAUCUCAUGUUAAGUGUUACAUUUCCUUGCUUUUAUGUUUCAGUACAUUCAUGUUAUGUUUCAGUACAUUCAUGUUAUGUUUCAGUACAUUCAUGUUAUAUUUCAGUACAUUCAUGUUAUAUUUCAGUACAUUCAUGUUAUAUUUCAGUACAUUCAUGUUAUAUUUCA